AUGUUGAACACUGAGGCGGCGGGUAAAUCCACCUUUGUGCGCCUUUUGGAGCAGGAGAGCGCGGACUGGGAGGUAGUACCAGAGCCCAUCGCCAGGUGGUGCAACGUCCAAACAGACAGCAGUGACUUCGAGGAGCUGAGCACAUCGCAGAAGAGCGGCGGGAACGUACUGCAGUUGAUGUAUCAGAAACCAGAGAGGUGGGCCUACACGUUCCAGAGCUACGCCUGCAUCAGCAGGGUGCGUGCCCAGAUAAAGUCGGCCAAUGGGAAGCUGCGGGAAGCUGAGAAUCCUGUGCAAUUCUUCGAACGCUCCAUCUACAGUGACAGGUACAUAUUUGCUGCCAACCUCUAUGAGAGCGAGUGUCUGAAUGAGACGGAGUGGUCUGUGUACCAGGACUGGCACGGCUGGCUGCACAACCAGUUUGGCAAGCACAUCGAGCUGGAUGGUAUCAUCUACCUGAGAGCUUCAGCUGAGAAAUGUUUGGAGCGACUGCACCUGAGAGGCCGAGAAGAGGAGCAAGAAAUCCCUCUGGAGUAUCUGGAGAAGCUCCACUUCAAGCACGAGAGCUGGCUGCAGCACAAGACCAUGAGUAUGGAGUUUGACUAUCUCAGCGAAGUUCCGGUCUUAACCAUAGAUGUGAAUGAAGACUUUAAGGGAAAUAAAAACAAGAGCGCUGACAUGAUGGAGAAGGUGAAAGAGUUCCUGAGCACGUUGUAAAGAUGGAAAUCACAGAUUGUGGCUGUAGGAAGAAACUGCAAUUAUUUUUAAAGCAAUGAAAAGCAUCAACUCUAUUCUUUUGUUUCUAUAGAAUCAUUAAAAAUGAUCUUGGCCAUUUUUAAAAAAUCAUUAAUGGCUUUUAUUUUUUGUAUAUGUUGUGUAUUUAUCAAUUUUAGGGAGUGUAAAUGAGAAUGUAUGUGCGUUUCUGUUGUUCUUUGGUGUCUUGACAAUAAACCUGACUUAUAACUCAU